CCACUGCAUUUCAUUGGUAAUUGAUUAGUAGCACACUGUUCUCUAUCCCCUGGGUCCUCUCCGUCACAUACCCAGAGAGACCCAGAAAGACAGACAGCAUGAGGCUCGGGCUGAUACUCCUGCUAGCUGGGAUAGCUACUGUGUUUGCUGCAGAGGAGUCAUGCAUGGACCGCUGUGAGAAUGGCUUCGACUCCAAGAAGGAUUGCCAGUGUGACACCAUGUGUCGGUACUACAAGAGCUGCUGCUCGGACUACGAGACUGCCUGUCAUAUGAAAACACGUGGGGACACCUUUGAAUUUGCAGAGGAUGAUGAUGGUCCAUUUACCCCUACAACGCCCGCCUUCCCGACCCAACCUGAAGACGGGGAAUCCAGCUCCUCAGGGGGCCAACAUAGGCAACCCACACGCCUCAGAACCCCCAACACCACCCCUACUCCUGCCAAAAUUGCCACAAAGAUAACCCCAGUCACAGAGCCAGCUAGAGGCGCAGCUCGAGACCCACAGAGAGGCCAGUUCCCAGUGGUAGUCCCACUCCCGGAGGCAGCUAAAGCCACCAAGGCACCGUCGGCCACACAGGCAGGUAGAGGCUCAGAUAGAGGCCAGUUCCCAGUGGUAGUCCCACUCCCGGAGACAGCUAAAGCCACCAAGGCACCGUCGGCCACACAGGCAGGUAGAGGCUCAGAUAGAGGCCAGUUCCCAGUGGUAGUCCCACUCCCAGAGACAGCUAUAGCCAUCGAGGCAACAUCAGUCCCACAGACAACCACAGAGGAAGUGGUGACGACCACCAAGGCUCCGGUAGUAGACCCAGAUGCACAGCCAUGCAGCAGCAGGCCCUGGGACUCCCUAAUGCAGCUCAAGAACGGCUCUGUCUACGCCUUCAGAGGGGAGUGGUUCUUUGAGCUGGAUGAGAAGUCAGUGAUGCCCGGCUACCCCAAACUGAUCCAGAACAUCUGGGGUAUCAGAGGGCCUAUAGAUGCUGCCUUCACACGUAUCAACUGCCAGGGCAAGACAUACAUAUUCAAGGGUAACAAGUACUGGCGGUUUGAUGAUGGUGUGCUGGAGGAGGACUAUCCCAGGGAUAUCAACGUGGGCUUUGAGAAGAUACCAGACGACGUGGACGCAGCCUUCGCCAUAGCAGCCCCUGGACACCACGGCAAAGAGAAGGUCUACUUCUUCAAAGGUGACCAGUACUACCAGUAUGAGUUCAAGCACCAGCCAUCACAUGAGGAGUGUAUCAAGAUGUCAGCUGGGUCUCCCUCUGCUCUGUUCACAGCCUACACUGACAUCUACCACAACAACUGGGAGGAACUCUUCAACAUGCUCUUCAGAGGCAUCCCCAACCACCAUGGUGGGCAUCGGUUCAUCAACAAGGACUGGAUCGGCAUCAAGGCCCCAGUGGACGCUGUCAUGACAGGGAGACUCUACAUCACCCCCAGGCCACUGGCCCCACCCCUGUUCCCACCCUUACCCCCUUUAUGGGACCACAACGACGGGAGGCGCCAGCCAUGGGACCAACAGUGGGGGCAGUAUGGUCAACAGGAUCAGUUAAAUGGACAGCAAAAUGGACAACAAUAUGGACAACAAGGGCAACAAUAUGGACAGCAGUGGGAACAGCAGUGGGGCCACCGCAGAAGUAGGCGCCAGUCUUACUGGGGUGCCGGGACGGGAAUGGCUAUGGGGCAGGCGUUCGCAGAGAAGGGGAUGGAUAUGGGGAAAGGAUUCGCUGAGAAGGGUAUGGAUCUCGGUCGGAAGCUGGCGGAGAGGGGGAUGGCUAUGGAGGGGAUGUUUGGAGGGUGGGACAUGCGCCGAACGGAUGCCAGGGAUGCAGACAGAGACAGGGAUAGAAGGAGGGAUGACCAGGAUAGGAGGAGGGAUGACCAGGACAGGAGGAGGGAUGACCAGGACAGGAGAGGAGAUGGAUACAAAUAUGACUCCAGAUACAAUGCUGAGGGGAGGGCCUACUGGGAGUUUGUCAACAAGGGCCAGCCAGUGCAGAGCGUCUACUUCUUCAAGGGAGAUAAAUACUACAGAGUGGAUCUGAAGACCAAGAAAGUGGACCCAGCCAGCCCUCCUUACCCCAGGUCCAUUGGCAAGUACUGGCUGGGCUGCCCUGAAAAACACCUGGAGGCCGAGAAGAAAUAGUUUCACAACUGGAUAAAGAAACAUCUGCACUAUGUCAAAACAUGUUUUACAUCAAAGACUCAAAUAGACAGUAAUUUAAAGCUAGAUAAUUAGAAGAAUCACUUGAAAAAUUAAAGGAGAGCCGCACACUCUAGGAGCUCAGAAGUAAUAAUUUAAUAACCUCAUAUCCAACGUUUCGAUAGACAAGCUGAUACCCUGAUGAAGACAGCUUGUCUGUCAAAACGUUGGAUAUGAGGUUAUUAAAUUAUUACAUCUGAGCUCCUAGUGUGCGGCUCUCCUUUAAUUUUUCAAGUAUUCUACUCCGCUAGCCAGCACCUCGCCUAAAUAUGUGUGCGUUUCUUUCGCCUCUAAAUUAGAAGAAUCACGUCACAAAAAUGUUCUGAUAUGAGGACAUUUCUCUUUGUACCUGGAAUACUUGUGUGUAAUACUUUUAUAAUUAAACACUUUCUAGCUAUAAA